UGGAUUUGAACACGACGACGACGCAAAUGACCGUCACCGUAAAGACUGACAAUGGCACAGAUACUAUGAACUUUGUGGAGAAGACACCUCUAGUGUUAUUGAUUCUUUACAGUAUGCUGUACAUUGUGACUUAUCUUAUCGCUAUCGUUGGCAAUAUCAUGGCAAUGUUGACGUGCUACAAGAAUUAUCGCAUUACGACAUCUAUUCUUCUGGUGUACAUUGCAAGUCUAGCCAUCGCUGAUUUGCUUUUUACMCUUCUUACCACAUUUGACUAUGUGUACUUUUUUACCAACUCUUGGCCAGGAGGAAAUGCAGUUUGUAAACUUCAAGGGUUCUUCGUGGAAACRUCUUACAGCGCUUCCAUUUUGACUUUGGUUGCGAUAAGUUAUGAGAGGUAUCGAUCGGUUGCGUCGAAGGGACUUGCCCGAAGUCAGCGCAUCGAACGACGCACAAUCAUUAGUAAAGGCAUUUGGGUCUUUUCUGUUUUGAUUUCUUUGCCAUUGUUGUAUGGUUACUCCGUAAUCGAAGAGAACAAAACUGGCAGACUUCUGUGCGUUAACCAUGUAUCAUGGGGUGACAGAGGUCGUCAGAUUUACUACACAUGCCAGGCUGGUUUCAUCUAUCUUCUGCCUUUGUCAUUCAUGAUUUGGGCUCAUUGGAAAAUCUUUCAAGUCCUCAAAGUCCAUGCGGCUAAAAAAAUGGUCAGCUCAGUAGARUGUAAACARCGCAAGAUCACGCACAUGCUGGCUGUUGUGACUCUCAUCUUCUUUGCUUGCUGGUCACCCUUCAUUGGUGUUCGAGCCCUGAGGUACUACUACGUUUACGAGGGUUUUGAACUAUGGAAGCUUACUCAACUUGUAAUCCUUGUCAAUUCUGCUAUAAACCCGGUCUUGUACUGCUUCUAUAGUGGUCAGUUCCGUACAGCCUUCAAACAGAUGAUAACUUGCAAAUGGAAAAUGAAUUUACGAAAGAUUUCCCGUGCUUCUCGGCGAAGUGGAAGGGAAAGCCACUCUCCGAACAGCUUUGCUGAUAAAUCCGACGAGCAAGCAAGCACCCACUCUACGGGAUGGCAUAAAUUAAGCACUUUAGUCAAACCUAAACAAUCUAAUGCCCAUUCUGGUGAAGAUAAAAACAAAGUAUAGAAUUUAACGCUAUAUUAGGGAUAAUCUUCAGUAUAUACUCAAUAUGAUAGAACAAUAGAUGUUGUAUUUAUGUAUGAUAAGUAUCUAAGGAUAUCUUAAGAAAUCAAACAAUUAUAAAGUUAUUGUAGGCUGUUUUGUUUCAGUACAAAAGUUGAAGUUUACAAAUAGACAUAGAAGAUUAUUGAUGUGCUAAAAGAUUGGUUUAAACAUAAAGAAAAUAGUUAGUAAAUAGGGUACAUUUACGGACKAAGAAAUGACAAAAUAGCUAACGCAUUAGUUAAUGAGCUUAAUGAUGUUUAAUAAAGUGUAAUUACGAUAAAAUCAGCUCUUUAGCUCUUAUGCAAACCAAUUAUGAUGUAAUAGCAAACUCAUAUUAAGAAAAACUCCAAAUUUAAUUUAAGAAUAUGAUAAAGAUCUGCAGAGAAGUCACGCAUCCACGAAAUACAAACAAUGGACAAAGGGAAACAAGAACUUUGACGUCAUUUCUGACAAUAUUUAUACACGCUUGUUAGGAUUGCGACAUGCUGUAAAAAAGCGUAUUUACUGAUUUAUCUAGUUGGUCAACAGUAGAAUAAGUUAAGGCACUCUAUGUAUAUAUUACUAUGUGAUGAGAAGAUAGAAAAACCUUUUA